CAAUUUCCUAAACACCCGAAGAAGAAGAAGCAGAAGAAGAAGAAGAAGAAGAAGAGGAAGAGGAAGAAGCAAAAGCCAAGCAAACGGCGACAGAAGGCAGCUCGCCAGCUCGCCAGGCCGGAGGAACCGCGGCGUGCGUACGCGAGCGGCGUUUGGAUGUUACAGGCCAGCAGCUUGCCAGCCGGUUGACAUGCGCAGGAAGUCCUGACAUGGACACAGAGAUGAUUCCCAAGUUCUCCACAAAGGAUGAAGAAGUAGACUACUGGAAGUCCCAAGCCCUGAAGUAUAAGAAAAGCUGCCACGAUGCCCGGGAGGAGCUGCAGGAGUUUCAGGAGGGCAGCCAAGAGCUGGAGGCAGAGCUGGAGGCGCAGCUCGGCCAGGCCGAACAGCGCCUGCGCGACCUGCAGAGCGAGAAUGAGCGGCUGAAGAACGAGGUGGACAACCUCAAGGAAAAGCUGGAGAAGCAGUACGCUCAGAGCUACGAGCAGAUCUGCGUGCUGGAGGACGACCUGGGCCGGACGCGGAGCAUCAAGGAGCAGCUCCACAAAUCCGUGCGCAAGCUCGAGCAGGCCAACGACGACCUGGAGAGAGCCAAGAGGGCGACCAUCGUGUCCCUGGAGGACUUCGAGGGCCGCUUAAACCAGGCCAUCGAGAGAAACGCCUUCCUGGAGAGCGAGCUGGACGAGAAGGAGUCGCUGCUGGUGUCCGUGCAGCGACUCAAAGAUGAGGCACGAGACCUCCGACAGGAACUGGCGGUGCGGGAGAGGACGACGGACAGGAUGUCGGCGCCCGGCUCGCCGACCUCGGACGCGGACAACGCCGACUCGGCCGUGCCGGCGUCUGUGUCGCUGCCUGCGACGCCGGUGGGACAGAGCGUGACAGAACAUCCCUUUGUCGGCCCGAAAGCGUCGACUAACGGCUGCGGCGGCUCGUCCCUCACGCCUUCGGCCAGAAUGUCGGCUCUCAACAUCGUCCGCGAUCUGCUCAGGAAAGUCGGGGCUUUGGAGUCCAAACUGGCCGCCUGCAGGAGCUUUGCCAAAGACCCGGCGUUGAGAAAAACCCUCCCCGCGGAGAACGGCGCCCUCGUCAACGGCAACGCCACCAAGUUCUCUCACACCCUGCACACCACCUACUUCGACAAAAGCAGCGCCGUAAACGGACUGGAUCCCGGCACGCUGACCUCCAGGACCGUGUCCCCGCCGGGCCUGCUGCCACUCAGCGUGUGACGACGACGACAAUCGGAGGACACGAGACGGUUACGCGUGAGUGUGCGUUUGCACUAGAGACUUGCUGACUACAGGACCUGUCUCAAUUUUUUUUGUUUUUAUUUUUUUUUGGGGGGGGGGGAUUCCAUCACGUGCGCGUAACAUUGCGCUUUAUCUGAAUGCCAAUGUGUGGACCCGUUUUUUUGUUUUUGCGGCGGCGCACCGUCUCCCCUAACGACAAAAGGUCCCGUGGGACCUCGCUACUUCUCCUGUGAUUUGCACAUUUGGACGACUUCCUCCCCUGUUCAGAAUGUAUUCUAUUUCAUGAAAAGGGACGUGUUCUUAUUAACUUAUGUCACCGUAAGCUUUACAGCAAUGCAGUAUUCUCUCACAUGUGGAGGUGUUUUUUUUGGGGGGGGGGGGGGGUUGUCCCCAUCCCCAUCCCCGUCCUCCCCACGUCCACAGUUAUGACUGAAGUGAAUGUUGAUCGUUCCAAACUUCGUAGCCAAAGUGCACGUGUGUGGAGUGCGUCUUUUUAUAAAUGUUAUUUUUGUGUGUGCGCGCGCGUGCGCUUUUUAAGCUAUAACGACAGGCAAAUUUACCUCGGUCAAAGAUCUGUGCAGCUGGCCAUUUCAAUUCCAAACAUGAAAAUUGGCAAUGAAAAAGAAAGACGAGAAAGAAGUAUUGUAUAAAUUUACUUUGCAAAUUGUCCUUAAGUGAGAAUGUAGUUUUUUUUUUUUUUUUUUUUUUUUUUUUGGUUGUUUUUUUUUUUUUUUUUUUUUUUGUGUGUACAAGCACUACAGAAAAUGGUUGUGGAUGUGUGAAACAAAUGUUAAGCAGGUUCGACUCUGCAAAACUAGUCCUGGCUUGACGAUUAGUCGUUAUUAUUUCAAGCCACAAAAUGUCCGCCUGUUACCGACGCGCGCUCCGCCAAGCGUGCGUACGUAGCUCGCCAAGAUGGCCGUUUGGCCACCUUUGUACAUGAGAUCCACCUGAAGGUCCUUCUUAUUUAUUAUUGUUGCCCAGUUUGUACGGCGCGUUUCAACGGUGCGUGGCGGUUGGAGCCUCUGCAGGCUUGAUCUUAACUUCAUUUGAAUAAAUAAAGAUUGACAUGA